CUUGAAAAAUAUCGGUCCCAAGGUAUAUAAACUGUUGUGGAUCGUAGUGGAUCGCAUUAUGAUAAUUUGAGAAACCGUCAAAGAAACAAUAAUGUGGAAACAAGCAACAAGCGUACUAUUGAUGUUGGUUCUGAUUAAUUUCACUAUUGGACAAGAACCGGAAAUAUGGCACAAAAGAAAUGGAGUUGCCAAUUUGAAUUGCCCUUUGUUUGAAGAUAUAUGGAAUCCAACAGUUCUUCCAUACCAAGGAGAUUGUACGAAAUACUUAAUGUGCUCUUAUGGUUUGGCAUAUACUUUGUCAUGUCCCACGGGCAUGCAUUGGUCUACGAUGUAUUCAAAAUGUUUACCAGCUCAAGAUGCCCAGUGCAAUCCCAAUGUAGUAACUUCAAAACCUGUUAUUGGUGGAAAUGGUUGCACUUUUGCUUAUGCGCCACAUCCUACCGAUUGUCACAAAGCUAUCCAGUGUGUUGAUGGAAAGCAAUUGGAAAUAGAAUGUUUAGCUGGUGCUGGUUGGGAUAAAGUUAACAGUAGAUGCUCUUUACUUUUGAGUAAUUGUUAAAAGUUUCUUUUUGUCAUUUAUCUUAUUUAUAAAAUUGCGUUGUUGUGCAGUUAAUUAAAUAUAAAAAUAUAAUAAUAUUACAGUAUCUAUACAAAAUACAUAAAUUAAAGUUUGAAAGUUUAAAAACA